CACAUCUAUAUGUUGGUUACUUUGAAGUGCAUCUUCCUAGAAAGGGCUAACCAUAAGAAAUGAAUUUUAAUGUCUGGAAUAUCAAAGAGAUGCUCAGUAUUCCCUCAGGUUCUGGGACCACUAAUUCCUCUAGCUGGAAUAAUAAUCAGACUGAUCACUCCAGUCUCAGUGAUUCCCAGUUCCUCUUUGGAUCACAGUUCUGUCCAGAAAGUUCAGAGACGCUGUCAGCACCCUUGGACUCUGUUGUCUACUUGAGACACCCAAAACAGUCACAACAGAAUUCUCUGGACAGUGAACCAAGUAUUUUCACAAAAUACCAGACAAAACCCCAGCUAUUUGGGGGAAAUACAAAUGAUAGAGGCUUAUUUCCUCUUCCUUUGUCAGUUGGAAAAUCAAAGGGCCUCUUGGAACAAUUUGAGGAGAAAAAGAAAAGGGCAAAAGACAAAUGUGACAGUGAGACUCUAUACAACUUCAUUUCCCAUAUCAGAGAAAGCAUUCACAAGUUGCAGGCAUCUGUGGAAAAGUCUGAGGAACAUCUCAGUUCAAGAAGUCAAUCUAUUUUAGAUUGUUUGGAGACUGUGGCCAAGACAUUGCAAGAGACUGUGCAGGCCCAGAGUGAUCUGCUGUUGGGAACUGUGCAUGACAAAGGCAACAUGGAGCAGGUUAUCCUCGAGAUACGGAAGAGAUUUGAAGCUAGACAAGCAGAAUUUAUAGAAAUGAAGUCCGACCUGAAGCACCUUGAAGUUUUAGUUGCCCAGCAGAGUAAAGACUUCCAGCAGCUGUGUGAGCAGCUAGGCCAGCUGAAUGUGGCCAGCAUCCUAGCAGAGCUGAAGAGAUUUAUUUCAGUCCCUCAGGUACCUGGGCAUGUGAAAGACAGCACUUCCCAGACCUCACUACCUCUGGCCCAGAGCCUCAGUUUCACCAGGCAGGACAGAUAUGCCUCUGAGGAACCAGAUAUGUGGCAGACUCAGGCCAUCCCUGCUGUCUGGAAUCUUAGUAUGGGCUCCCUGCAGCCUGGGGAGUUUGCUAUCUAUACUGAGGGAGCAAAAAGUGAUGCUCUCCAAGGAGAGGCUGUGCUGAUGGCCGCUGGAACCGGCAAAAGAAGCAGGCGAGUAAAGGACAAGGCAGUGCAGACCAACUGCCAGAAUUGGACUCUUAAUAAAACCAGCCCUGAGAAUCAUGGCUCUGGUUCCCCAGGCCACAAAGUUCCUUGUGACUGGAGCUGGGUUUCCCAAGGAGCCUCAAGGUUUAUACCCCUGGACUUUGAAUCCAGCAUUAAGAACACUUGCCAAAAAUGUCAAGCUGAAGGUGUGCUUUCGUGUGCCCCUUGUGAACAAAGGCUGGUGACUGCACAGAAAGGCAGAACUAUGGAAAGAGGGGGGAAAGGCAAGAAGCAGCAGCCCAGGAAAGCCCGCAGAAGCAGGCUCCUAACCAGGAAGCAAGAACAAACCCCUAGCAAAACCUGUGCUUUCAAUUCUAAAUAUCCUCAGCUUCCAGUUUCUGGCCCACAAAGGCUCCCCCUGGAGCAGCAGGAACCCUUUGCUCAGUCCCUGCAUCUGUGGGGCUCCAGGACUCCCACAAAACCAGUCAUCCCUUUUCUGAGAGCAACAGUCAUGCCCAGUAAGACAGUGAGGGCAGCACAGGAGAACAUCUUGCAGCUCAGUGGGCAUUCUUCCAAAGACAACAGCCUGCUUUCUAAAAGUUCCCUGGGGGACCACCAGAUGAGCUGGUUCAGUGACCUCAACCUUGGAAGUUCAGAGUCUCCUCUGUGCAAGGAUCCAGGGAAGAAUAUGCUAUAUGAUCUGGGUUUUGACAGCAGUGAUGAUGGCUUUUGA